UUUCGCCCUGUCAGUGUAUGGAGAAGGAGCGGGGCUCGUCCCGGCUUCCUGAGGGGACGUAAUUUGCACGGAUCAAGGGGCAGGCAUUGCAAAGUAUAAAUAGUGUGACUUCAAUAGCGGAUCACCAGCAGGUCUGAACUCCGCAGCAAGAAGAAUUGGCCAAGAUCUUAUACAUUUAGCUUAGCGCGAGAUCUAGAGUUGGCAACAACAUCACCUCGUAUUUAGGUCGACGAAAAGAAACACUAUUGAUGUCUUAUCGUAGGGUGUUGUGGAACUGAGAAAAAGAGAGUGAGCACGAGAAGGGAAGAUUUUUUUUUUGGAGCAGUGAUGGAAGAACUUACCGCUUUUGUGUCCAAGUCUUUUGAUCAGAAAGUCAAGGAAAAGAAGGAAGUUAUAACGUAUAGGGAGGUUCUGGAGACCGGAUCGGCGCGGGGCAGGGAAGCGCUUCCCGCGGAACAGAGUCGCGAGGAGGUGAACGCUAUUGCCCGAGGAGGCGCUCGAUCACCGGGUAGAGAGCCGGACAUGCUCGGGCCAGAGCGAACCAGGGACGCGGGCAGCCCGAAACUCAUGGAUGGUAAUACGGAUAUGAAAGAACGAAAAGAGGAUUCCAAACCAAUGGAGGACGAGACACAAACUAAAAUCAAGCAGCGAAGAAGUCGGACUAACUUUACUCUGGAGCAACUGAACGAGCUGGAACGGCUGUUCGACGAGACCCAUUACCCUGACGCGUUCAUGCGCGAGGAACUGAGCCAAAGGCUCGGGCUGUCUGAAGCGCGUGUUCAAGUUUGGUUCCAGAACAGGAGGGCCAAAUGCAGAAAGCAGGAGAAUCAGUUACACAAAGGGGUCCUCAUCGGGGCCGCGAGUCAGUUUGAAGCGUGUCGCGUGGCACCAUAUGUCAACGUGGGAGCCCUGCGCAUGCCAUUCCAACAGGAUAGUCAUUGCAACGUGCCGCCCUUCUCCUUUCAGGUCCAGGCGCAAUUGCAGUUGGACAGCGCUGUGGCCCACGCGCACCAUCACCUGCACUCUCACCUGGCUGCGCACGCACCUUACAUGAUGUUUCCGGCGCCGCCAUUUGGGUUGCCCCUGGCUACUCUCGCGGCUGAAUCCGCUUCCGCGGCCUCGGUUGUGGCUGCAGCCGCUGCCGCGAAAAACACCAACAAGAACUCCAGCAUCGCAGACCUCAGACUGAAGGCCAAAAAGCACGCCGCCGCGCUAGGACUGUGACACGCGGACACGCGCGUGAAACAGGGUCUGCGAUGUUGACAGAAUCAGCGACAUGGCAGAACAGCAAAAUAAAAGGCGUACAUUGUAAAAGCGAGGACCUUAUUUAUGCUUUUCAAAAAUGAAGGACAAAGAAGUAUAGGAUAUCUAUAAAGAUAGGCUAUUUAUAAAAUCAAACUGUGAAAUCGAAGAUGAUUUUGGAUCCAGAAGACGAGAGGUGGAAUUGAUGUAUUUACCCAACUUCUGAAGACAACGUGGGAAUAGAAGCAACACGGAGAGGGGAGGAAGAGCACCGACAAAGCGGGGAGAAGAAAAGAUGUCUAUAAACAGCGAGAUUAUACUGAGUAUAGGAUAGCGCAGCUGGGACGUUCGGCUCUUUGUGUGACAAAGCGAACUAUACUGCGCAGUUUUACUUUAUUACGUUAUUAUUUGAUUUUGAAAAUAGAGGCUGGCCUCGUUUUAUUUCAACAUGUUCCAGAGUUUCCCUCAAAGGAAACUGUGGAUAUUUCUGAACAAAAAAGAAAGAAAAAGGGACAAUGUGAGAGAGUUUUUUUCUUUUUCGUAACAAAAUGAAAACGCCAGAAGUGUUUGCAUGAAUUUCUGUCUUCGCGGAUGACGUAACUCGUGUCAGUUACGUGUUGUUAUCAUGCUUUUUGAUGGACAGCAGUCAUUCAGAAGAAUUAAAGAAACGAGCAGUCACUUGAAUGUUGUUGGGGUCUUAGAUUUAAAGGCCACGGGGUGGGGGUGGGUUUUGAAAAACUGGGAUGAUUACCACACGUUUUAAUGAUUAUUAUUGAGUGUAAAGCAAACCUCAGACAAUAUUUCAGGUUUUAACGAAUAAAGAAUAGUGUCCAAUGUUUGCAAAUGGCAAUAUCCAUUUAAAUCUGCAUAACAGAAAUGUAACCUUUUUCAAUAAAAUCAGUUUUAGGCCGCUUAAUAAAAAAAGAAUCCCUGUUAUGAAACGGUACGGGCACAUGUAAAAUAUGCUGAUACUCAAGAAACAGAAAAUUAUUUUGAUUAUUUUGUGGCUUAAAAAUGCAUUGUAGGAUUUUUUGUUUCUCCGCGUGUUGACUCAUGUGCAUUCUCUCUGUUGUAAUGUUGAUGUUUUUAUAACGGUGGAAGAAAGCGUAUCUCUGCAGAAGGCACGAAUUUCAGAAAAAAUGUCAUUGAAAUCAUUUUUACAUUUAGUUUUAUUAUUUCAUCAUCUAUUAAUGUGAAACGUGGUGUCACCUAAACACAAUUAUUUCACUUCAUAAAAUAAAUCAGCUAAACUUUUCUA